AUGGAUUCUAGGGAUUCGAAGGAUGGAGAAUCCGGCAUACCUUUUAUGUCUGAUGAAUAUGCAACAAGGGACGAUCGGCCUGGUAUUCCGCAGCUAUUUACAUCAAUGCCACCAGCUCUGAAUGAGGCGGCAUUGUAUCUUGCUGAAACAACUUCGAUUUUCACGCGCUGUUUUACUGCUGCUUCCGCACAACCUGCAUCUGGAUACUCCGGCGGACAGGAAUUGUUGACAUUUUCUUCUGGAGAAACCAGAGGCUCUAUAGCUGACAAUGAUGUGUCCUCAAGUGGAAGUAUUUCCUCCAUUUCGGAAUCAUUUCACACAGAGGUUGAUGCUCCAGAAGUCCAAGGUGAAUUAAUUAGGAGUGCAGCUAGAGAUCAUUCCCAAGAUUCUAACAUGCUUGUGAGAUCAAAUAACACCAACCAAAACGGCAUUCCUCUUUUCCAAGGCCUCAUUGAACGGGUGAGGAGGACAGUUCGUGGUUCUGCUGAUGACAUUGGAUGGCUACAACGAGCUGUAGAAAUGCCUCCAGUUGAAGAUGGAACUGGAAGAUUUAUGGAAAUACUUGAUGAUAUUAGGCAUGGUUUGCACAAGUUGCCAAAUACAAUGGUUUACUUGUUGGUUCCAGGUCUUUUCAGCAACCAUGGGCCUCUUUAUUUUACUAAUACAAAAACGAGUUUUUCGAAGAUGGGCCUCACCUGUCACAUAGCCAAAAUUCACAGUGAGGCUUCGGUGGAUAAGAAUGCGAAAGAGAUAAAAGACUACAUUGAAGAAAUAUAUUGGGGUUCUGGUAAGCGUGUUUUGCUUCUUGGGCACAGUAAAGGGGGAGUAGAUUCUGCUGCUGCUUUAUCCAUGUAUUGGGAUGAACUCAAAGAUAAGGUUGCUGGUUUAGCAUUAGCACAGAGUCCUUAUGGGGGUAGUCCCAUUGCUUCGGAUAUACUACGAGAAGGACAGCUUGGUGAUUACGUUAACAUCCGUAAGCUUAUGGAGAUCCUGAUCAGUAAAGUGAUCAAGGGGGACUUGCAGGCUCUAGAAGAUUUAACUUACGAGAAGCGGAAGGACUUCUUGAGAAAAUACCAUCUGCCAAGGGAGCUACCAGUUGUUUCUUUCCACACAGAAGCCAGUAUUUCUCCUGCUGUUUUGGCGACAUUAUCCCACGUUGCGCAUGCAGAACUGCCUGUGUUUCCCUCCCUCUCUACUGGCCAACCCACAACACUCCCAGUGGUGAUACCGCUUGGUGCUGCAAUGGCAGCAUGUGCCCAACUUCUUCAGACAAGGUAUGGCGAAAAGAGUGAUGGACUGGUAACUUGUCGAGAUGCAGAGGUUCCGGGUUCUGUUGUGGUUCGACCAAAGCGCAAAUUAGAUCAUGCUUGGAUGGUUUAUUCAUCAAUGAACGAUGAUACUUCCGAAGCAGAUGCUUCUCAAGUUUGUGAGGCUCUUCUGGCUUUGCUUGUAGAGGUUGGAGAGAAGAAAAAACAUGAAAUUAUCGACAAAUAUCAAUGA